UGCAUUGGAACUUCAUCCAUAUUCUAUUAAACCUCUUCUACGUCGAGCAAUGGCCUAUGAGUCAAUGGAACGAUACCAACAGGCGUAUGUGGAUUAUAAAACAUUAUUGCAAAUAGAUAGUGGAAUCCAGGCUGCAAAUGAUAGUGUUAACAGGAUAACAAGAACUUUAAUAAAUCUGGAUGGCUCAAAUUGGAGGGAGAAGUUACCACCAAUACCUGUUGUCCCAGUUUCUGCUCAGUUACACUGGUGGGAUGGAGACAGCUUUACUUCAGAGUCAAAACAAAAGAAAGCGGCAGUCACUUGCAGAAAUCAACUGUCACAGAUUCCUAGUGAUAAUGCAGAAGAGAAGUUCAAGAUACUUAAGAAUCAAGGAAAUGAAUUUGUGAAAAAGGGUAAAUAUGAAGAAGCAUUAAUGAAAUACAAUGAGUGUAUAAAGCUAAAUUCACAGGAAAAGACUAUCUACACUAACAGGGCUCUUUGUUUCUUGAAGCUGCUUAAGUAUGAAGAAGCCAAAAAGGAUUGUGAUUAUGUUCUUCAGAUAGAUGACACUAAUAUAAAAGCUUUAUACAGAAGAGCUCUAGCAUACAAAGGAUUAGAGAACUAUAAAGCUAGUGUUGAAGAUUUGAAUAAAGUUCUUUUAAUUGAUUCCAGUAUUGGUGAAGCCCAGAAGGAGCUGCACGAAACAACUCAACUAUUUAAACUUAAACAUGAAUUUACAGACAACAGUCAACCAAAGCAAAGGAAAAAAAUUGAAAUCCAAGAGGUAAAUGAACAUGAGGAAGAUGAUGCAGAGACCUGUUCUUCAAGAAAUGCUGCAAUAAACCAUCACAAUGCUAAAGAGGAGUUUGGAGUGACCAUGCCAUUGAACAGCUCAGAAAAGCUAAUCAUUUCUAAGCCAUCAAAUGCCUAUGAAUUUGGGCAGAUAAUCAAUGUUGUGAAUGCCAAUAAGGACAUUGCUGCUUGUGCAGAGCUCUUAGCCAUGGUUGAGCCAAAAGAUUUGCCAGUACUACUAAGCAACAAACUAGAAGUAGAUAUUUUUCUCAUCUUUAUCCAAGCUCUGCAGUCUGAUGUUUUCAGCCAAAACCCUACCCUAGUAUACCAACAUCUUUUCUACCUAAGUAAAACUGAAAGGUUUAAGGUGGUGCGGACACUUCUUGGUAAGAAUGAAACAGAGCCGGUUCAACAGCUACUGGCUUCUCUUUCCAAUGUGCAAAACCAACAAUUUUCUUUGAAUGAUCUUGAGAGCCUUAAGAAAAGCUUUGAACUCUAAAGAGUUUCAUUUUUAAUUACUCCAUACAAAUAUGCCUAGUAUGUAUGCCUGUCUUACACUGAGGGGAGGCAAACAAGAAAUAGUGAGUUUUAUCUGGAUUAUUUAAUAUGCUGCAUAUUUUACAUAUACUUUGAUAACCAGCUCUUUCACCUUGCUGUAUAUGUUUUAUGUUACAAUUGUUUUAUUUAUGGGAGUGUUCCCUUACUCCUUGGCCCCUGCACUUAAAUCAACAAAUGGAUUAGAAGUAGGACUGGGACUCGAACAACUCAUUUAGACAGGAAAGAAGUAAGAAAAAGAAUGAAAAAUGUUCUGUAUUUGCUUGAGGAAGGGAACCCAUGAACCAUGAAGACACAGUCCCUGAAGGCCAAGCAAAUAGUCUAAAAUAUUCCUUUUAUAAAAGGAUAUUAAUCAAAUGAUAUAGUUACAUGAAAAGUGUUCAUAAGGUUAUAUGUAGCCAUUCAUUUGCUGUUUUUGUUUUAUUUUCUUCUAGUAUAGGGGAUUUUUCUAAAGAAAAAUAUUGUUCAAAAACGGUUAUUGACAUUGCAAUGGAGACACAUUUGAAUAAGUCCCAUUAAAUAAGGAAAAGGGGGGCACGUGUUGAAAGCCUUUUAAAGGGCAGCAUGGUGACAGCAUCCUGUUUUUGCUGCUGGAAAAAAUGACCGCCAUACACACCAAACUGCAGCAUAUCUCAGAUUCAAUUUUGUGUUCAUUUGCUGUCCAGGCAAAUUCGUCUGGCUCACAUUGGCUUCGUCUGGCUUUCAAGAAAACGCUGGGUCAUUUCUUGUGUUAGUGCUACAGAAUUAACACGUUGGAGGGUUGUGGAUGUGUACAGCUACAUGAACCCUUUUGCAGCUGGUUGCGACAAGAGAUGUUUGAGGCUCCUGAAUUGCUUCCACUGAAUAUACGAAGAGAGAUUUAUCCUGGGCCAGUGACAUACAUCAGAACAGCAGGGAUGAAGCAAAAUAUAUAAUAAAUGUUUUGAAGCAGUAGAACUAUUAUAUUUUAGACUGGGAACUAAUUUAUUGAUAGUAUGCAACCCAAAUUAUAUUACAGGAACCCUUAUUUGGUACUUCCACUAUUUUGAAUUAGCAUUUUCUUGGAUUAAAAAUUGCAACAAAAAUGUUAAAGAGCUUACUUGAAACUGUUUCCCUUGAAGAACUUUUCUAAUAAGGUAUUGAGCUGAUAUAAAAAUACUUGCAAUGAAUAAAUAUUUUAAAAUAAAGAUA